UGGCCGGCGCCACAAACUGGACGCCAGUAACAAACAAACAACAAAACUAUUCACCAGUUGAGAGGUUCGAUUUCCAAAAAACGUAAACAUGAAGCUGUUUGUGUGUGGAGUGGUGUUAAGUGUCCUUGUGGCGUUGGGCAGUACUGAGGAUGUGAAACCGCAGGAGAUUGAGGUGGUGCAGGUGCAGGAUGGCUUGGUUGUGGAACGUGCUAAGCGCCAGAGCUUGUUGGGAGCUCUUUUGGGAGGAGGCCUAGGAUCGCCUGGAUUUGGAGGACCUGGAGGACAUGGUGGUUUUGGAGGUCAAAGCGGUCACGGAGGUGGUUACGGAGGUCAUGGUGGUGGUGGACACGGUGGACAUGGAUUCCAACAAGGUCAUGGACACGGUGGCAACUAUGGUCAUGGAGGAGGACACGGGUUUGAACAAGGCCAUGGACACGGUGGACAUGGAGGACAUGGUUAUGAACAAGGACAUGGCCAUGGCGGAAACUAUGGCCACGGGGGCCACGGAAGUCAUGGCGGUAAUUAUGGACAUGGUGGUCAUGGAGGCAAUGGAGGUCAUGGCGGUAGCUACGGUCAUGGUGGUAAUUAUGGUGGUUUUGGUGGAAGCCAUGGCGGUCACGGAGGUGGACAUGGAGGUCAUGGCGGAAACUUUGGAUCUGGAGGUCAUGGAGGACAUGGUGGACACGGCGGACAUGGGUAUGAGCACGGACACCAUUAAGGAAAAACCAUUAACUGUGAUAAAUCAAAGUUACAUAAGUUGCAUAAAUUAUUUGAAUAAAUUUAUUUAUCUAAGUUAAAACAA